CAAGCGUGGAGAAAAAGAAAAUUAAAGGUAAGAGGGUGAGUGGAAAUCGGCUGUUGCUUGGCCCUGGGGAGCUGUGAAAGAAGGGGCGUCCUGUUUAAAAACGGAAUCGAAAGCAACAAUAAAAGCAUUUAUGGCUGCACGUACGCACGCAGAAAUGAGGACGUGGGCAGAACAGCGGCGAAGGCGGUGGUUGUAUACGCCCACCGGGCUCCCUGGAGAAAGGGGAUUCUCCCUUCUCCUCUGCAGUAGUCGCAACUCGGAGAAGACUCGGUGCAUCUCAGCAGUGAAACUCCGCCGCCUCUCGCUUCCACCUCCCUCGGGGGCCCGAGCCACCUGCAGGAAGCGAAGCAGCCAACGGGCAAGACCAAGCAGGGUGGAAAACGAAAGCUGCCCGUCGCCCUCGCGCGCCGAGGCGAUGGCCGCAGACAGCCCCGCCGAAAGCUUCCACAACGAAGCCUCCUGCUCCAUCUGCUUGGGCUUCUUCCAAGACCCCGUCUCCAUCCAUUGCGGCCACAACUUCUGCCGGGCGUGCAUCACGCGCCACUGGGAAGAAGCCAAGGAGAAUUUCGUCUGCCCUCAGUGCCAAGAGGCGGCUCCGCAGCGAAACCUGAGACCCAACCGGGAGCUGGCAAAAAUCAUCGAGAUAGCCAAGCAGCUGAGCUUGCAGGCAGCCAGAGGAGGGGCAGGGAAGGAGAGGCUGUGCGAGAAGCAUGGAGAAGCUCUGAAACUCUUCUGCGAGGAGGACCAGACCCCCAUCUGCCUGGUGUGCAGAGAGUCCCAGGCUCACCAGCUUCAUGCCGUGGUCCCCAUCGAGGAGGCUGCGGAGGAGCACAAGGAGAAAUUCCAGGCUCACAUGCAGAUGCUGAAGGACAGGAGAGAAAAGCUGUGGGGACUGAAAACGGCUCAGGAAGGAAAAAGCCUGGACUUCCUCGAACAAGUAGAAACCGAGAGGCAGAAGGUUGUGUCGGAAGCCAAGGAGCUGCACCAGUUCGUGGAGGGACAGGAACGUCUCCUUUUGGAGCGGCUGGCCAAGCUGGACCAGGAGAUCAUGAGGAGACAGGAGGAAACCAUCAACAAGCUCUUGGAGGAGAUCUCCUCCAUCGACAAGCAGUUCUGUGAACUGGAGGAGAAGUGUCAGCAGCCAGCGUGCGAAUUCCUGCAGGACAGCAGAAACAUCUUGAGCAGGCUGGAGAAGGAUGGUGACCAGGCACCAGCAGAGAUGUCACCUGAGCUGGGAGAGGAACCCAUCGGCCUUCCUCAGAAGAAUAUUGCCCUCAAGGAGAUGCUGAUGAAAUUUCAAGUAAGUUUGACGCUGGAUCCAGAGACGGCGCAUCCCCGGCUCGUCCUGUCUGAGGAUCGCAAGCGCGUGAGAUGGGAAGACACUCGCCAGCCCGUCCCCGACAACCCCAAGCGCUUCGACUCAUCGCGCUGCGUCCUGGGCUGCGAGGGUUUCAGCGCGGGGAGGCAUUACUGGGAGGUGGAGGUGGGCGAGGGGGAAGCUUGGGCUGUUGGGGUGGCCAAGGAGUCGGUGAAGAGGAAAGGGCGGAUCAGCGUCAACCCCAAGGUGGGGAUCUGGGCGGUGGGGCAGUGCGGGAGCCAGUACCAGGCACUCACGUCUCCCACCAUCCCCAUCUCCCUGCUUGCUCCCCCCAAAGUGAUUGGGAUUUACCUGGACUACGAGGCGGGGCGGGUGGCUUUUUUUGACUCCAAUAACGAGGCCCCAAUCUUCACCUACCCCCCAACAUCCUUUGCGGGAGAGCGAAUCCUCCCCCUGCUCUGCCUGGGGAGGGGCUGCCAGUUCACUCUCUCCCCCUGACCCUCACGGGACAGUGUCCACCUGAGCCUAGGGAGAACUCAGGGGCUCAUCACCCCCGAGAUGGCUUUUGGGAGCGUGAAGAAUAUCCUCUCUGGGAUGGAAAAUUCUCCUUUCUCCAUAGUUUAUGUCAACAAGAAGCAUCGCUUGGUUCAGAGCUGGAGAGAGAGAGAGGGGCUGCUCUGCUUCCCAACCCCCUGCGACUCUGCCGGAUGCUCUGGUGCAUCCACGUCCAUAAACCCUUCCAAAAACUUCUCUGUGGGAGAGCUGAGCUGAGCACAAGUUGAGCUGGUUCCCAGUUUCUCUCCCUCCGCCCUCUCCAACGCGUCCUUGCAAUAUGCUGAGCCUGGAUUUGGCUCACCGAGCUUUCAGCUGCGUGACUGAGCGUAGAUGCUGUAGGCGGUGAUGCAAAAGCUUAGAGGACUUCCUGAUGGCUUCAUGUUUUCGGUGGCAAUAAUCUAAUCUAAGGGUGAGAUAGGCAAGACCUUAUCUGGUGGAAGGGUACCUUAAAUCAACCAAACUACCUUCAUCCGUGGUGUGAGCUUGUGUGGGAUUCCUGCUUAGUGCUGUGUGAUGUCCACGCCUUUGGAUGUUGUAAGGAAUUGCCGUUCCAUGAGCAGCCAUCCAACCUAUGGUCCCACCAGGGUCAGUGAAGAAUGGUGGCAAAUGGUCAUUUAUCUUCUCUAGAAAUGCCUCGACGAGUGUGUGCGGGAGUAUUCACUUCUCCCAUCUGAUGGCAGAUUGUUGGGAUGUAGAUGCCUACACUCAAGAGAAAUAAAUCCUUCCCAAGGCAGAGCUGGCUUUAACCUCUAAUUAACCAACAGCUUCUGGCUGAGCUGCUGCCUAAUGGAUAUUUAGGGGAGUAAGGAGGAACCCAGGAGGGGUGGAGGGUGCUCAAGGGAGCGUUUCCCAGCGGAUGGAGUCAGUGUUUUCAGAUUCUGCCCCUCUACUGGGACACCUCAUCUGGAGGAUUGUGUCCAGUUCUGCAAUCUCCAACAUAAGAAGGAGAUGGAGAUGUUGGAACGGGUUCAGAGGAGGCUACAAAGGUGAUCAGAGGUCUGGAGCACCUCCCAUCUGAGGACAGGCUGAGAGAGUUGGGGUUGUUCAGCCUGGAGAAGAGGAGGCUCCGAGGAGACCUUAGAGCGACCUUCCAGUACACGAAAGGGGCUACAAGAAAGCUGGGAAGGGGCUGUUAACAAAUGGUUGUGGGGAUAGGAUGAGGGCAAAUGGGUAUAAACUGGAGAGGGGCAGAUUUAGACUGGACACGAGGAGGAAUUUCUUCCAAGCCAAGAUGCCAUUGGCCUUCUUGGCCCCCUGGGCACACUGCUGGCUCGUGUUCAGUUGGGUGUCAACCAACACGCCCAAGUUCUUCUCCUCCAGGCAACUUUCCAGCCACUCUUCCCCGGUCUGUAGCUGCACAGGGUUGUGCCCCAAGUGCAGGACCCGGCGUUUGGCCUCGUUAAACCUCCUGCCGUUGGUCUCAGCCCAUGGAUCCAGCCGGAUCCUUUUGGAGCCUCCCUACCCUCCAUCAGACGGACACUUCCACCCACCUUAGUGUCGUCUGCGAAUUUGGUAAGGGGACACUCGAAGCCUUCAUCUGAGUCAUUGAUAAAGAUAUUGAACAGGAUUGGACCCAGCGGUGAGCCCUGGGGGGCAGCGCUUGUGACCGGCCUCGGGCUGGAGUUAACUCCGUUUACCAAAACUCUUUGAGCUCAGCCACAUUUCAGGCUCUUUUCCAUGCAGUGAGGUUGAUUGUCUUGAAGUCAGUAGAACUGAACCCCAAAACAAAGGGAAGAUGAGCAGCUCCUCGCAGGGCAGAGAAUAUCCAAUAGGGUGCAGGUAGGCACCCCUUUCCCCCAUGGAGGUUUCUGUAGUGUAGUGGUUAUCACGUUCGCCUCACACGCGAAAGGUCCCCGGUUCGAAACCGGGCAGAAACA